AUGGCUGGAAAGCCGGACUUCAGCCACUUGAGUCUUGCUGACAAGAAUUGCUCACGAUGGGGGGCAUAUAUGGAACCUCUGGGUGACAAGUUGGCCAACGAGCUUUGGCAGUAUGGGAAAGCCAUGACCAGCUGGGGCACCUGCCCUGUGUGCGAGGCAGAAUAUCCGCCGAACGUUGCCAGCCACGUGAGGGGCAAGGCGCACUGCAACAAGCUCAAGGAGAAGUUGGGCUGGCAGGAGCCGCAGAGCCAAGAACACGUGAAGCAGUUCGACCAGCUCUGGCACUUCCCAGGUUUGGGAAAGUCCUACUACUUCAACCACAUCACCGGUGAACAGCAGCUGAUUGACACGCCAACGGGUCCGCAGGCGCCGGGCGUGGCGCAGCCGCCGCCCGUGGCGCAGCCGGCAAUGCCAGCACUGGCUCAGCCAGCCGCGCCGAUGAUGGCGGCAAGCCCGCAGGGUGCCACCGACCUUCUGGUCGACCACAACCUUGGAUACCUGGCCGCCCUUCAGAAGGUGGAAGCCUGGAAAGCUCUGGUGGACAAGCCUGCGGCGUUGCUGGAUGAUGAGCUGGGAAAGCGUACUUGUCGCUGGGAUCAUCCCUGCGCAGUUUGCGAGAACAAGGCCAUGACAAGAGGCACCCACGACCACUUCAAGUCCAAAGGCCACUGGACUGCGCUGUGGAAGAAGGUGAACGGCGCCCCGCCGCCGCCAGAGGAGGUCAUGCGGAUGGAUCGACAAUGGGUCCAAUCCUGGCAAGUGCCGGGCGGAGCGCUGCUGUUCAACCACUUCACCGGAGCAGUGAAGUUUCAGGUGUCCGGCGGCCAAGCUGCCACGCCUGCAGCUCCAGCACCGGCACCUGCGAUGCAACCGCCGGUGCAAGCACAGGCCCCCUUCCCAACGCCGGUGCCGCCGGCGAUGCCGCCGGCGCCGAUGCCGGUUGUGCCGACCGCGCCGGCUGUACCGGUUGCAGCGGUUGCAUCAGUUGCGCCAGAGCCAGAGUGGUGCACGCAGCAUAACAUGGAGUUCCGAACUGCCAUCGAUGACAAGUACAACUGGUGGUACUUCAUGGAGGCCCCGGCCGCUGAGCUAACGAAGCGGCUGGGCGAGCCCGCGGAAUGCCAGCUCUGCAAGCAGCCCAUGGAGGAUGCCCAGGAGCACCUCACGUCUCCAGACCACUGGUGGACCUUGUGGGAUAUCAUGCAGAAGCUGAACCAAAAUCUUCCUUCGGAUGAGGUGGCCCAAUCCAUGGAGAACCGGCCCUGGGUGCAGAGCUUCCAAACGCCCAAGGGCCAACUCGUGUUUAGCCACCUCACCGGGGCACUGCUGCGGAAGCCAAGUCAGCCAGCUGUGGAGGCGCAGCCGAAGGCGGCCCCGCAGCUGCCGCAGCCCGUGCCGCAGCCCAUGCCGCAGGCACCGGAGAGGGUCCUACGUGGCUCUGCACCCGCGCAACUGGCACCACCUGCGCCUCACCGCAUGCCCGUGGCUGCGGCGGCGCCCUCCCCGGUGCCGACCCGGUGUGGCAUCACCUACAAGGAGGCCUUCAACGCCAUCGACAAGUGGAAGAAGUUCAUGGAGGAGCCGACCACGCGCUUGGAUGCCGUCGUCUAUGGCAUGAUGUCCGGGUACACUGGGCAGUGUCCAGUUUGCGAAUCCAACAUGCUUGGGUUCAACGAGCACCUCUGCAGCCAGAAGCAUUGGAAGAAGCUGUGGCAGAAGUUCAGCACUGGACCACCUGACCCGCCAAUAGUGACGGACUGGGACAAGCCCUGGGUGCAGCAGAUCGCGACCAGCCGUGGCAAGUAUUUCUUCAACCAUGUGACUGGCGAGCAGGGGCUGGAGAGCGAAAUUCUCGGUGACGGAGGCCCGCCCGCACCUGGCCGCACAGGCAUCAGCCCCAUCAACACUGACCCAGUGCCGGUUGCCAUGCCACCGAUGCCUUCCACACCGGACACAUCGAUGCCUCCUGAGCAAACUGGGGCGGGCAAUCCCGCCUCGCCCGCGCAUCCCGUGCCGGCCGCCGCCGCCGCCGCCGCCGGGGCCGGGCUGAGCCACCUCCACUGGAAGUGCAUUGUGCACGCUGCAGCGCGGAAGCUUCAAGAGGAGAUAGCCGCCGGCGAAGAAGAAUUGGACGACCCUUGGCAGGAACGCGAUGCGGAGUGCUUUUGCAGCCUGUGCCGCUGCCGCUGCGCUGACAUGAAGGAGCACCUGGAGUCGGUGGAGCAUUUUAACAAGGUGCAGGCCUGCCUGGCAGACGCGGCCAGGAGUCAGCCAGAGAUGUCGCAGUGGAAUUUUUCCGGGUCGCUGUCGCAGGCUGGAAGGAGCAAUCCAAGCGUAGAGGACCUCAGGAGGACCUCCGCGUGGAUGCAAUCCUUUGAGACAGUCGCUGCAGACUCAGGCGUGGCAAGGGAUGGCCGAAGUGGAGCAAGCGCUCCCGAGCACAUCUUCAGGAGAGAGAAGCUGGGGCUUUUCAACUCCACUCGUUUGGCGCCCAUAAAUUCCAAGAGCCUGGGGGUCAUCUCCCCGUCUGAACGGGCUCCCGGCCAUGGCUUCGACUUUGAACAGCAGAGCAGGCUGCCCAGCUUUGACAAGCUCCUCCUUUUCAGCGGUUUGAGGCCGGUUGGUUUUGGCAAUGCUGCAGCCAGCGUGGCAAUCGCUGUUGCAGCCAUGAUUGCAGCGGCCCUGGCCGCCACGGGCGCGGCGGCGGCGGCGGGGGUCACGGUGCUGCUGGCCACCAGCGCUGCGGUGGUGGUCGGUGGCACGGAGGAGCCCGCCGACUUGCUUCGCCGGCAGCGGGUGCCGCUGGUGCCAGCCCAACACACGGUGCUGGACAAUCUGCCUGAGCUCAUCGACGAGAGCUCGGUGGCGGUGGCUACGGUGCGCCAGGGCCGCCGGGUGCGCUUCAAUCUCACCCAGAAUACGGUCCACGAGAUCACCCCGUACUCAGAGAUCUACGGCAUGCACCCGCGAUUGCUUCGCAUACGGCCUGGGGCCGAAAACUUGGAGCCGAUCCAAAAGGAUGACAGCGAUGAGGAAGAAUGUUUCACCAGUGACCUUUCUACCUGGGUGCUGGAAUGCCUUCGUCGAGGGUCCUCAAAGGCCGUGAAGUUUUGGCCGCUGGGGAUCUGCCUUUUCUGGCUGCGGGCCUUUGGCGCUGAGGCUUUGCUGGCCGCCUGGCACGAGAGGCCGGGUGUCGGCCGCGCUUCGCGAGCCAUGGCGAAGAUGCCGCCCUGGGCGCAGCCGCCGGCGGCGCCGGAGCUGCGUCAGAGGCUGUGGGAACUGGGUGCCUCGGCCGCACGGAGCCUGCAGCAUCACCAAAAGGCUUUGGAAGGCGUCACCAAGUUCACCGACCAGAGCACGCCAAUUGGCCACACGACGCUCUGCAAAGCGCGGGCGCGGGCUCGGGAGAACGCCAGGGAUGAGCAGAGGAGGGAUAUCCACGCCGAGAACCUCCACUUGGCCUCCCGCCUCAAGGAGAUCGUGCAGAAGCCCGGCACGUUGUCGACGGCGCCACAUAGCUUGCAGCGGGAGCAGAUGCGAGAGGAGAUGCUGCGACGGGACAGACAGAUCCGCCAGAAGAACAUCCAGCACGAGAAUCGGUUCCUGGUGCAACGGCUGCUCUCUGUGAAGAGCAGUCUGGAUGUUCAUGGCCUCGAGAAGGACUAUCGCAGGCACCGGAAUGAGGUGGGCCGUAUGCAACAGCUGCGGAAGAAGUUGCCAAAGCUCCAGGCCCCGCUCGCGGAAGUCAAGAGUAGCUCCCGCACAAGCGGAUUCAGGCCCAGUCGCCAGCACGCCGCGCUCACGCAGAGCAGCUCGGCGCCGCUGUUGCAGGCCCUCCCGGGGCGCCUUGCCCCUUCGAACGUGCCCAACCAGGCCGUCGCCCGGUCUCCGGUGUCGAGCUCCAUCGAGUCCGAGGCCGAGGUCAAUCCCUGCCUCAAUGUCAUCAAACCGCGCGAGGUGGCAGACGCGACCAAGGAGACUGACUCAGAUGGAAUCUGCGAAAGACGCGCAUAUCAGGAGGACGUUCCUGCCUACGUGGCUGCGUUGCUGCUGAGAUGCCUGGCCCUGGAGGAAACGCCAGAGCAGGCUGCGCAUGAACAAGAGCAGGCUGCGCCAGAGAAAGCUGCGCAAGAACGGGAGCCGGCUGAGCCAGAGCAGGCUGAGCCAGAGCACGCUGAGCCCGAGCAGGCUGAGCCAGAGCAAGCUGAGCCAGAGCAGGCUGAGCCAGAGCACGCUGAGCCCGAGCAGGCUGGGCCAGAGCAGGCUGCACAAGAACAGGAGCAGGCUGAGCCAGAGCAAGCUGAGCCAGAGCAGGCUGCGCCAGAGCAGGCUGCACAAGAACAAGAGCAGGCUGCGCCAGAGCAGGCCGCGCCAGAGCAGGCCCCCGGGUCUCCCGCCCACGUUUUCACCAAUCUGGCGAUGGAGGUCAUCCAUGAGCUCACCUCGGAAGCGCCGCGAAAUACCAGCUUGGCGGCGGAAGUGGUCCACGACUUGACGGCGGACGCGCUUGCGGCCCUGGACGAAAGGGCAAUGUCGACCGCCACCAGCUGGACAGUGCAGUUCAACUCCACCAUGGAGUCCUUCAGGUGA